CAAAUAUUUGUGACAGACGCUGAAGUGAUGCAAAACUAAAUUAAAUAAUUCAUUAUACUCCUCACACUAUCUCAAUAGUGUCUUUUAAAAAGGUUUCCACACGCACCCGCUAUGAGCAUUUUCUUGAACUUGUUGGUGCUUAGCAUUGUACUGCUGUUAGCCUUUCUUAAGUACAGACACGGCUACUGGAAACGCCGCGGUGUACCACAUGAAGCGCCACACUUUCCACUGGGUGAUUUUAAAGAAUGGCGUAGCACAAAAUGUUUCUUUGAAAUACUCGCACCGAUCUAUAGGAAAUUCAAAGACAGCGCACCAUUCGCCGGCAUGUUCAUGGCCUUUAGACCAGUCGCACUCAUUUUGGACCCAGACCUGGUAAAGAGCAUACUGAUCAAAGACUUUAAUCAUUUUCGUGAGCGCGGCGUGUUCUCCAAUGUUAGGGACGAUCCACUCACGGGUCAUCUCUUCGCCUUGGAAGGUACCAAGUGGCGUGAAUUACGCCAGAAACUCUCUGCGGCGUUUAGUUCGGGCAAAAUGAAACACAUGCAUCCCAUCGUGGUCAAAGUGGCUGAGGAAUUUAAAAAAGUUUUGGAAGAAAAGCAAGCGACCGCUGUUGAUGGUGUCAUUGAGAUCACCGACUUGCUCUCGCGCUUCACGGCCGAUAUCAUCGGCGUAUGCGCCUUUGGCAUCGAGUGCAAUAGUUUGCGCCAUCCGCAGGCGGACUUCGUGGUGAUGGGUAGGAAAGCAAAUAUCGAUAGACGACACGGUUUCCUUCUGGAUACCUUUAUCGAAGCGGCGCCGAAGUUGGCACGUACGUUGCGUAUGCGACAAACCACACAGGAAGUGAACGACUUCUAUAUGGGCAUCGUGCGUGAAACCAUUGAGUAUCGGGAAAGGACUGGUGUGAAACGCAACGACCUAAUGGAUACCUUGCUGGAAUUAAAGAGCAAGGACGGCAAUGAUGGCGGACUCACAGUUAAUGAGAUUGCUGCUCAAGCUUUCGUCUUCCUUAUAGCUGGUUUUGAGACCUCCUCAUCCACAAUGGGUUAUGUACUUUAUGAGCUGGCCAAAUGGCAGGACAUACAGAAUCGACUGCGUGCUGAAAUAAAUACGGUGCUGGAGCGUCACAACAACCAAUUAACCUACGAGUCAAUGCAAGAUAUGCGCUACAUGGAGCAAGUAUUAUCAGAGACACUGCGAAGAUAUCCCAUUGUAGGCCAUUUGGUGCGUGAAGCUGAUAUAGAUUAUAAAACCGCAGAUCCGCGCUUCACCAUCGAGAAAGGCACAAUGGUUAUUAUACCCGUCUAUGAGCUGCAUCACGACCACCAAUACUUUCCAAAUCCGGAAAAGUUCGAUCCAGACCGGUUUUCAGAAGCGGAAAUAAAAACACGCCCCGCCUGCACUUAUCUGCCCUUCGGUGAUGGUCCACGCAAUUGCAUCGGCCUACGUUUCGGCAAAAUGCAGGUGUGCAUUGGACUCACAUAUUUGCUGAGACAUUUCAAGUUUUCCGUCUGCGAAGAAACGGAAGAGCGCUUGAGCUUUCAGGUCGAGAAAAUAAUACUACAGCCGAUCAAUGGCAUUAAACUGCGCGUGCAGCGCUUGUAAAGUGGGCGGCAGGGCUCUGCUAGGCGGUUUGGAGAGCACAUGUCGUAGUGCUGGCUGUUUUUAUUAUAUAAGAGAUUAUGAUAAUAAAAUUUAAUUCACAUGUCUA